CGCAGUUGUAAAUAUUGUGGAGAGGUAUUAAUACUGAGUGUUAUCGAGGCAGUAAAUAAUUUUUUUCUGAAGAUUCAAAUAAAACGCAAUAUUUUUUUUCCCGCAGGGGAUAAGGAUUUUAUCUACUGUUGAAUAAAAUUGAUAUCUAAAUCUCCGCACUUCCCUCUUUCGAAACAAUCACAGUAGUCAUGAUUUCUGGAGGCUGCAGUUAUUUUUUGUAGUCAUUAUCUCGCAGCCAAUCACAACAGCUGAUGACAAACUAACCUAAAAAAAUUUGACAGUUACGAGUACACUAGGUGUUUGACAAUUACAAGUUUAAAAAAAUGACAAUUCACAAUUUGUACAUAUUCUCGAGGAGAGGUACAUUAUUAUAUUACGGAGAAUGGAAUAGACUGAAUAAAUCGGGCAUCACCAAAGAGGAGGAAGCUAAAUUGAUGUAUGGAAUGCUGUUCUCGAUAAAGUCAUUUGUCAAUAAAAUCUCUCCUCUGGACUCGAAGGAGGGAUUCCAGUAUUAUAAAACGAGUAAAUACACCUUGCACUAUCUGGAGACUCCAUCAGGCCUCAAGUUCGUGUUGAAUACUGACAAUGGAGCCCAGAAUGUCAGGGAACUUCUCCAGCAGCUGUAUUCCCAGGUUUAUCUGCAAUACGUCGUUAAAAAUCCCCUCGCUCAAAUGAAUGAACCCAUUCAGAGCGAAUUAUUCAAACUCAAGGUCGAUGAACUCAUGAAAAAAUCACCGAUAUAUUUGUGUAGGUCACUGUAAAUAUCUUUAUGUUUGUAAUAUAUUUAAAUGAUGAAAACUGA